GGUGGCCAAUAUGAAGAUAUUAAAUAUUAUUGGUGUGAGCCUUUUCCAAUUAUUUUCAUGUUUUUUCCUUGUUGGAUAUUUUUUGGGGAUUUUAAACAUUUAUUUUAGUGAUAAAAAUGAUUACUGUUCAAUGACUUAUAUGUUCGAAUAUCCUCAGUACGUGCGAUUAGGUGUAAAUAUAAGUUAUAAAUAUCCGCAGUAUGGACUGUAUGCCUACAGUGAGGGAAGGUAUACUGAGAGAUCUAGAAAGAUGUGGUUCGAUGGUAUACCCGUAUUGUUUCUACCGGGCAAUUCGGGCAGCCAUAUGCAAGUCAGAUCAAUAGCUUCUGUGGCUUUGAGAAAAGCUGUAACACAGGAUUAUGAGUACCACUUUGAUUAUUUUACAAUUGGUUACAAUGAAGAGCUAUCUGGAUUUUACGGAGGUGUGCUUGACACUCAAACAGAAUUUGCAUCAGCUUGCGUCUCUAAAAUUCUUAGUCUUUACCGAAAAAUUAACAAUCCAAAAACCGUACCAUCAUCUGUUAUACUCAUUGGACACUCUAUGGGUGGGCUCAUAGCGAAACGCCUUUUAGCUUACCCAAGUACGAUUAAUCUUACAAACAUAGCAAUAACCCUAGCAGCACCUUUAGAAGCACCGGUUGUUAACUUUGAUAAAAUUAUCAAUCAAUAUUACAUGAAAACCAACAUGGCAUGGGAUGAAGCUAUAAAUCAACACAAAGAAAUAAAACAGAGGAAGUUAUUGAUAAGCAUUGGCAGUGGGCCCCGUGAUAUUUUGAUCCCUGCUGGUUUGACCUCAUCUAGUGACAGUCAUAUGAGCGCUUUGACCACAUCCAUUCCCGGAGUAUGGGUUACACCAAACCAUGUCAGUAUGGUGUGGUGCAAGCAGCUGGUAAUGGUUAUAAACAGAUUUCUUUUCGAUAUAAUCGAUCCUAAGAAAGAACAAGUUACUGAGGAUAGGUCGGUGAUUGUUUCAAAAGCCACACAGUAUUUCCAGGCAAAUCGGUCGAUGAUUUUAAAUCCACAAACAACACGAAACAAUGUCACAAUGCAAGCAGACUCUUUCUGGUAUGAAGAUAACAGACGUAUUUAUCAAGUAACUCGACCGCAGAUUGACAGAACAACGCAUCUUAUGAUAAGACUGGUCAGUUUUCCACAAAACAGAUUCGUCGCUGUGGAAACUGUCAAUGUUCACGAUAAAGAAUGGAUUUUUGGUUGCAACGCGAAAGAUGUUCACAACUCAUACAGAUAUUGCAAAGAAGCUACAUCGCUCAGUGAGCUAAGCCGCUGGACCGGUUCGGCACCGGAGUUUGGCAAAAGGAAACUAGCUACUGUGAAUCUCCACAAACUGAUGGAAUUCGAGCCCAACUGGACGCACGUUGUUGUUAAAGUAUCGCCGACCAACAAAGCGGUUGUAUUAAACGUGGAUAUAAACGAUCACGCAUCACGACAAAUAAAUGUUGACGUGCCCUCGGAUUUCGUCUUGGGAAAAAAAAUUAUAAAAGAGCAAACGGAAAACAACAGUUUGUACUACGAACUGAUCCUAAACGAUUUCGAUGCGAUUCACCAAGCGUAUUUACUGUAUGUGGAGCCAAGUGAAAAUUGCCCAGCGAUUUCGUACCAUGUGUCCGCGGAAUUGCAUGUACCUUGGGCGAAGAAUCACGAAUAUUAUCAUUAUUUUACCCAUAUAAAAAAGUCACCAAUGAAAUUACGCUUAUUCAAAAGUAACCCGGACGUAAUUACGAGCUCAGAAUUGAAGGCAAAAGCGAAGGUUACUCUCUUAUUGGAUCCUAAAUGCACAUUCACUAUUAGUAUUUCGACUUCAUGGUACCACCGCUUAGCUCAACUCUCACGUAACUAUACGCCAGUGCUAUUUCCGUACAUGGUGGCUAUAUUACUGUUGGCUAUCAGGAGCACUAUAUUGCAUGUCAAAGAACACGGCACUUGCGUUUCUAUGCACCGAGCAUUGACGAGUGACGGAGUCAAGCCGUAUUACGCUGUGGUGUUUGGGAGAUUUACGACUGUGGCUUUGCUGUCUACCCCGGUAAUUUCAUACAUUCUUGAAAAUGCCAGCAGUAAGAAUUUUGAACUGCAAAACUUCACCCGCUCGAUGCUGGUGUUGCCAGCUUAUAUGACAGCUUUGGGAUUACUGAAUAUUAUCGCAUUGGCUGUGCUCAUUGUGUUGGUGUUUUGGUCGCAGUUAGUUCAUCGAAUACUGUUCAGACUCGUAUGGUUCGGCGGUCCGGAUAUAGCUGAGAGGAUGGCGACCGGUUUGCAAAGGGUCCCUAUGUUGACGAGUGCCUCGUUAGUCUGCGCAGUACCUAUAUCCUGUGGAGCGGCUUCCCUAGCCGGCGGCACCGUAUUCUACGCCUUUCUGCUUUCUAAAAUGUUUGAGGAAUACCUUGAAGAUUUCUUCUAUAGGUUGAUGUCUAAAGUGGGAAGCAGAAUUUGUAAUAUGUUUAAACGUAAGAAAGCUACUCCAAAGACCAAUCCUGCUACCAACAUUACUUUAUCCACGGAGGCAGCCACCUCUGGAAAUCUCAAUGAAAACAUUGCUGCACCAGAAAACGAUAAAGCAAAAAAGAAAAAUAAUGUAUUACGAGGCCCGAAUGAUGAAACUGACGCAGGUGAAAAUACCCAAGAGACACAAGCUCUAGUAACACAAGAACCAGAAGAAAUUAAGGAAGAAUGUGAUACACAAGCCGCUAAAGAUAUAGAGAACUUGAGUAAUAUAUACUUUCAUCUGAUGCUAUUCUUUAUGUGGUUGGUAGUGACAAUUGCCAACAUUCCGGCAUUGCUUACUUGGGCACAUAAUUUCCAGCACUUCUUUGUUUUAAAACCCGAUACAUCCUACUAUACGGGGAUCAUUAUGUCUGCUUGUUCGGCAGUUAUAUGGCAAAUGGAUGGACCUAGAAAGAAUUUGAAAUAUUACGACACUGUAGCUACCUUACUAUUUGUAAUGGCUGUAUUAACACUAGCCCUAGCACCAUUUACCUGGUUCAUCAUCAACUACGGCAUAACAUUUGUGUUUACAAUUAUAACAAUACAGCAAUUAUACGAUUUUGAGGUUCCUACGCCGGGUAAUAUAACUGAAGAACCUGUUGUUGGUGAUGCUGUAGAAAAUAUUGAUAACACUAUUCCAGUCAAUGAGGAAGAGGUUAUUGUACCAAACGAAAAUAGCCCUUCAGAUACUGAAAAUGAUGAAAGUUCUUCUAAUGAAGAAGAAAAUGAAGAAACAUGCGAUAUCGUCAAUGAAAGUAGGAUAUACAAUUUAUUCAAAAAUCUGAGAGAAAGAAUCGCUUUUGGUGAAAAUAAUCAGUAAUUUACUUUCACUGCCUGACAUGCCAUGCCAUGUAAGUUUUUGGCAUCAAUAUUGCAGUGCACUUUAACAUAUAAAGUAAAACUGGCCUGGACAGUAGCGUAUGUGUGAUCUCAAAGCUGUUUAAACAGGUAACAUUAAGUUACCACAUAAAAAAAUUGAUGUUGUAAUCAGAAAUAUGUUUUGAAGUAAAAACUAAUACUAUUUGUAUUCAUUUAAGUAAUGCUUUUACAAUAUUUCCAAUGUAUCACUUUUUAAUGAGAUUUUAUAAUAGAUGUGUAGUCUAGUCAAAUUUUCAUGUAACAAGGAUUUUUCAAAUAAAACAUAUGCUAACUAUAAUAAAUAUUUGACCUAAAGAGAAUUUGAUGUAAUAGUUAAGAGCAGCCUAAUUUUUGAACUGUCUACUAUGUAAAGGAUUGUAAUCUUUUAAAAACUUAAGUUAAUAAUUUACCAAAUAAAACACUUUACCUUAAAAUCUAUUUAUUUUUAACACCUUAACUUAUAUAAGAAUGUAAAGCAUUGAAAGAAAGCAAAUUUAUAGAGAUAUCUCAGAAUAAUUACUUUCUUCAGCUUCUUAAAACUUGCUUACUGAGUAAUUUUGUUUCAAACAUUACAUUUGAGUCUGGGGUCUUCAUACUCCAGUGAACUUCCUCUAAUAGUAAUAGUAGCAUAUAUAUAUAUGAGUGAUCUCAAAUUUGUAUAUGCUGGUAAUAUGUUAAAGUUACCACAUUUCACAAUAGAAUUAAUAUAAAAAUAUCUUGGUGUAAAAUCUAAUACUAGUUGUAUUCCUAGAUACUUAUGUAAAACUUUUUUAGUGUUUCCAAUAUAUCACUUGCAUGUAGUUAAAAGGAAAGGAUCCAACACACAUUGAGGUAGUUUUGGGGUUUUCAAAUAAAUAUCACAUAUAAUCAUAUAUAAUGUAAUGUCGCUGUAAAAAAGCUGUUGCAAAUUUUGGAAGGUCCUAAGAGUUCCAAAAUCAUCUACUCAUGUCCCAGUGGUAUACUGUAAGAGCUGUACUAAGUCAUAAAAUACAUACUAUAAUGAUUAAAGAUAAUUUAACUGUAAGUAGUUAAUUAAUGUAAGUAACCUAAUG